AAUGGGGAAGCUAAAAAUUGCCAUAGCAAUUGCCUUGGCUCUCAGCACUCUUGGUUCUGCUCUGCCAACAACCUCCGAUGAAAAUCUCAGACCUGAAGCACGUGAUACCAGUGGAUCUCAAGAAGAUGAAUUCGUCCCCUCUGGCUAUGUUCUACCGAAUCAAAUAUUUAACGAUGGCAAACCAUUUUAUGUUGGCAAAGAUCCUAUUUCUGGACAAUUAGAUUUUAGUUCAAAAAAAGCUGGUUUUGAAACAUCAGCUAACGAAGUAUUCGAUCCAAAGGAAAAAAUUGUUAUUGGUGGAUCUUCACCAAAUUUCCAUGACUUUCUUAAUCUUCCUGUAAAGUACUCAUCUUCAAAAUUCGUCUAUCCCUUGGUUUCGAGUUCAUAUGCGAAUUUGAAAUAUCAAGGAAAUAACAAGAACUAUAACUCCAAGAAAGGUCAAACCGUUUUGCCAACAUCUAUUAGCCCUUCUUCAUCAUCACCACAUUACUAUAAUCUUCAACGAAAUGUUACAAAGUUACAACCAGCUACUGAUUCAGUUGUAUAUGCAACAACUUCAAGGACUACAACUACAGCUUCGACAACUACAACAACACCACCACCAAGGACUUAUACCACAAGGAAACCAAUUUCAUCAACAACUCCAUUUACCCCUGCAACAACUACAACAACAAGAAAGAAGUUUGUACCAACAAAGAAAUACAGCCAAACUACAUUAGCUAUUUCCACAUCUUCUGAAGAGACGAGAAAACCAACUAAGCAAGAGACAAAACCUCCACAAAAGUCCACUACACCAAUUACAACAACCACCAAGAAAAUAACCACAACUGCUAUUCCAAAAACAACAAAGACUACUCCUAGUACGACUUCAACUCGUAAAACAACUCCACAAGCUUCGAUCUUCCCAACAGAUCCUACAACAACUACAACUCUCAGGAAUCCUGUUGUCUUUUCUGAUAGCCCACCUUCUUUCAGUCCAAUUCCAUCAUCAGCAACUAAGAAACCGAUACAACUGGAUGCCAGCGAUGUUUAUCAUAGCGUUGGUCAAAAGAAUGAACCCAACUUGUCACUAGCUGAUCUUUUUAAUAGCCUUGCUGAAGAAGAAGAAGCUAACUCACUUUCUGAAAAUCAAGGUCUUGACGCUCAGGGUAACCUUAUGAGACCGAUUUCGCCAUCAAAACCUUCACCAUUCUCUAUGCACCAAGCAACAACUAUAGGCCCCAGUAGCACUAGACAGCCAAGCCCUAUUAACCAAUCCAGACAGCCACCUUCUUCAGUUCAAGCUACUCUAUCAAUUCAUCCAUCGAAGCAAACCCAUCAGAACAAAUUGAACUCAGAAAACCACGACCAAUCACAAUCUGGAGGUAACUUCAAUGGAGAAUAUGUUCAAUACCAAGUUCAACAACCGAAUGUGAUGCAAUAUCAUCCCACAUCGAAUAUCAAUAAUGUUGUCAUCUCACCUGGUCAGCAAUCAGCUACUUUUGUCCUAGGAAGUCAACAAACAGUUGGAAGCAAUUCUUUCAUGGGAAGUGUUGAAAAGGAACCACUUUUCUCCAAGGAACCCCCUGUUCAAUAUGGAACAGUGAUUAAUGAAGAUAUCAAUGCGGCUUAUCCACCACAGGAAAACACAAACAAGAACACUAUUAGUUUCCAACAGAUUGGUAACCAAGAGCAGACUCAAGAACUUUUAGUUUCAAGUAAUAUUAGAUUUCCAGCUAACGAGGGUCAAGCUGAUAGUUCAGCCGAUGGAAGUUCAGUAAAUGGACACGCUCAGCCCCUGACCAUGCACCUUCAGAUGCAACAAGCUGGAAAUCAAGUAGUCUUCCCGAAUCCAGAAACAGUUACUCCCAACACUCAGGCAAAUGAAAUUCAAUACAAUACUGAGAAUCAAGGAGAUGUCCUCAUCCAGCAACAUGAAGUUCUGAAUCUAAAUCAACAACGUCAACCUCAGAACCCAAAUCAAGGUCAAGGUGAACAUCAUCUUCAACAACAUGGGCCUCAGGAGAGACCUCAGCAGGUGCCAACCUUCCAAAACUAUCCCCAGCAAAAUGAGGGUCAUAGACCUGCUCAACACAUGGAACCACCACACUUCCAUUCACGUCCACCACCAGAGUAUCAUGAGCAGCCUAGCAGAAGUCCCAUUCAAAAUAGACAACCAUUCCCACCAGGACCACUUGGACCAAAUGGACCAAACGGUCCCAGCCACGGUCCUCCAGGACCACAAUCACCCGCUUACAUGUACAACGAAUUCACGCGCAAGCCCAUCUCCGGCAUGAAUCGCCCUAACCCUGACAGACCCCUGCCUAAUAUUCUUCCACAAUUCCGUCCAAAUGCUAAGCUUUCUCAAGGCCACCCAACUAACUUCAAUCAAGAGCCCGGAAAUAUUCGCAUCCAACAACAUCCACAAUUUCAGAAGCGACCGGGUUCCCCACAAUUCGCUCAUCGUCGUCAACCUGUGGCCGGACGUUAUCCAGUAACUCGAGUUCCAGAAUAUCCUGGAGGCCCUCCACCACCACCACCUCAAGAAGCAAAUCGUCGCAUCUAUCGAGUUUCACCAUAUCCCCCACAGUUUGUGGAUCGUAAUUUCCUCCGUCGUCCACAACAGCUUCCACAGCUCCAGAGACCACUCGAUUAUGGAUAUGAACGUCAUGCAGUGUACAAGACAAUUCCAGAUCCAUAUCAACCUAGACCAGAACCACCAAGUGGUCCAGCUACUGAGAGAUUAGCAGCUUUUGAAGAAGAAGAUCUGGUUAUCAAUGACCCACCUCAGCCAGUGAUGAAGAUGGAUGAAAAGGAAGAAAUCAAGCUGGAACCAGUGGUAACUUUGCAAAUGCUUAAAUCCCAACAGAAAUCCUCAGAAGAUUCCGGUGAGAUUAAGGUAUCGGGAGAAUCACAAAGUUCAUAUGAAAAAACAAGUCCCACUCAAGGUCUCUAUGUUGUUUACCCAGUUAAGCCUUCCCUAAACGGGCCUGAGCAUGAUAUCAAUGAGUCAGCUGAAACAAAGGAACCCGUUCCAAUGGUUGCUCAGUUGGAAUCCGGAGCUGCAACAGGAUCUGGAAAUGAUUAUCAAAAUACACCCUUCUCUGUUAUUCGUGAUCAGCCACAAGAACCCAUUCUAGUUGUCAAAAACAAAGUGCAUACUCUUCAGCAGAAACAGGCCAAAGAUAAAUUCCCAUAUCCCCUUGAAAAGCCAGAUCUGUCUUACUCAGGAUUCGGUCCAAAAUACCACAACGAAAUCGAUAGGCUUGAUCGGGAUCCUGGAGUGGUGAUUGCACCAAGAAUCGUGCAUGGAGCUUAUCCACAGAGUGUUGUUACUGAGACACCAAUCGCUAUUGCCUACACACCAACGGAACCCAACCAUUACCAUGGAAUCCAUCCAUACAUGCAGGACCGAUUCUCAAGUGUCAAUCUGGCAACUCCUGUGAUUCGAGAAAUUCGUGACCAACAAACUGAAGAUACUCUCAAUCAAGAUUUAGAUACGAGAGGACAAAACUUUGAAAAGGACUUUAUGGCGCCGUUUUAUCCAAGCAUGAGUCUGGAUACGGCGACCAGCUCUCCGAUUGCAUCGAAUGGGUGGAAUAUCUAUCAUGGUACAACUGAGCGACCUGCAGCUGCACUUUAUGAGAAGAACAACAUCAACCGUGCGGAUGUAUCGUCAGCUGGAUCUUCAGAUGAAGAGGAAGCAACAACGAAAUCUUUUGAGCUGGAUAGUUUCCAGCCGGAAUUGCAAGGAGGAUUCAAGCCUAUCUACCCACCGGGUUACAAACAUGAUGACGAAGAACCUGAACAUGAUGUUAAGCCAAUGAAUGAACGCCCAAUGGCCUUGGCUUUGACUCGAGUGGAACCUAGAACAGCAAGCUCGACCACAUCAACGCCUGCUCCAGCACCAACUAGUUCAACCACAAUUACCACAACUACCACCACCACCACAACAACACCGCGACCAACGAUUGUUACAACAACGAAAGCAGCAAAAACCCAUCAAAGUCCAACACCUCAAGCCCUGAUAGGAACAACUUCUGCUGCUCCUGAAGUAACUUCCACUUCUUCUUCUCCUUCUCCUUCUACAACUACUCCUGCUCCAACAUCACCGAAACCCACACAACGAAAAAAGACACCAUUCGAAACGAGUCUAGAAGCUUUGCUCUUUGGAGACGAUGAAGAUUUUGAGGAUGAGCCAAUUCCAAGUCAAGAUGAAGCCAAGAGCAGUUAAACCUUAAAAAAUAGCUAAUAGUGCGCUUGCGUGUGUGUG